AUUGGGUCGAAUACCGACCCGACCGAGUUGGAGCCCAAGUAUUAAUACCAGCUCUUCAUCUUCACGGUCCUGUCCUUGUUGUGGGGAUUCUCACCUUCCCUCCAAAGACACACAAAUCACAAGUCCGAGGGCUGAGGUUGCUAUUCGAAUAGGCGGACAAGGGGAAUCUGUGAUCUCAAUCCAUGAAUUCCAGAAGGGAUUACCGUGGCAAUAGAAUUGCCCUUUUUGAUGGCAUUGAGGAGGGUGGUAUCAGGGCCUCAUCUUCCUACUCCUCCCAUGAAAUAGAUGAGCAUGAUAAUGAAAGAGCAGUGGAUGGACUGCAAGAUAGAGUUAAUCUGCUGAAGCGAUUGACAGGUGAUAUACAUGAGGAGGUUGAGAGUCAUAACCGCAUGCUGGAUCGAGUGGGCAAUGAUAUGGAUGCUUCAAGGGGAAUCCUAUCAGGAACUAUGGAUCGAUUUAAAAUGGUAUUUGAGACAAGAUCAAGCCGGAGGAUGUUUACACUUGUGGCAUCAUUCGUGGUUAUUUUCCUAAUCAUAUACUAUCUCACUAGGUGAAAAACCUAUGGUGGAUGUGAUACAGCUGCUAGCUUUCUGUUAGAACUGGGGAGACUUUUCCAUCUGUUUUUACUGCAUGUAAGAUACUCCGAUUUGAGAGAGUUUGUGUAAAAAAAAUGUUUCAAUGUAUUAGAUGGGUAUUGGAUGCA